AUGCCUCCUAAGAAAGCUUCCACCGGCGCAGAAGAAGACUGGCUCGACUCAUGCUUCCUACCGUGUGCUGAUUCAUUUGAUAUAGAUAUGAUUAAGGAUGCUAUUCUGAAUCUGAAAGAGCGCAAUGGUAGCAGUCGCCAGUCCAUCAAGAAAUAUGUUUUGGCAAACAACAAGAUUGCACCUGCAUCUACCAACGCCUUCGAUAGCCAGUUCAACAAGGCUAUCAAGGCAGGCGUUGAGAAGGGUGAAUUCACCCAGCCCAAGGGUCCUUCUGGACCCGUGAAGCUCGCCAAGAAGGAAGCUGCUCCUAAGCCUGCUGUCAAGAAGAGCACUACUACUGCUAAGCCGAAGAAGGCUACUGCCACCACUACUAAGAAGGCUGAGAAGGCCGAAAAGGCCGAGAAGCCCAAGACGACCACCAAGAAGACUGGCACUACUACUACCAAGAAGAGUGUCGGCAGACCCAAGGCGAACACCGCUAAGCCUCGCAAGGCAUCUACUGCUGCUCCUGCCGUUGUCGACCAACCCAAGGUCAUCGGCAAGACGAAGUCCGGUCGUGUGACCAAGACAACGGCCAAGCCUGCUGAAAAGGCAACCAAGAAGUCUACCAAGAAGGCUUAA